CUGCUUGUCAGGAAGCAAGCUGAUUGGCCGAGGCCUAGCAAAGAGUGACCGGGGAUCCAAAACUGCAGGCCGCACUUAGCUUACCGUCAAAAAUAAACCAAAACAAUAACACACAAAUUUGAGAACGGGGAGAAACGCCGAUAGAGUCAGAAGACGACGUUAUCAGAGGGAUUGAUUACCCAGAUGGAAGAGACCACAAUAAAUAUCUUGUUCACUUUAUUCUAAGGAUUUUGUCAUCAAAUGUGAAGUCUUUUUUUCUAAGUAAAGACAUGGAUCAAGGAGGAGGGGUGUUGGAGCUACACACUCAGGAGCUAAAGAUGCCCCACGCUAUGAUCAUGCAAGACUUUGUUGCAGGCAUGGGAGGUCUGGCUCAUAUUGAUGGGGAACACAUUGUUGUGUCUGUGCCUGAGGGUAUGCUUCUUUCUGAUGUGAUGACGGAUGAGGGCAUCCUUCUGGAACAUGGGCUUGAGGUGGAAGGCCUGGAGACUCAAGUGGUUCAAGGACUGGAGACAGAGGUGGUUGAAGGAUUGGAGACCGAAGUGGUAGAAAGCUUGCAUGCAGAUGUAGAAGGCUUUGAAGCAGAAGUGGUGGAUGGCCUACAGACACAUGUUGUAGAACUGGAGGCUCAGGUUGUAGAGGGUCUGGACGGUGAGGUCGAAGUGGAAGGUCUUGAGGCACACGUGGUGGAGGGGCUUGAAACUGAGGUAGAUGUCGAAGAUCUUGAAGCUCAUGUUGUUGGGGGCCUUGAGGAAGAGGUGGAAGUGGAAGGUUUAGAAGCUGAGGUUGUUGAAGGUCUCGAGGUAGAUGUGGAAAGCCUGCAGUCUCAAGGAGUUGAGGCCCAUGAAAUGACCAGUGAAGACAUGGUGCCUACAGGACACAGUGUGAUCUUGCCUGAGAAUAUCCUCGGGACAGAGGUUGCAAUAGAGGAAGCAUUGGACCAUCACCACCAUCACCACCACCACCACCACCAUGUCCUUUCCUCAGACCUCAUCCAGGACUCAAAUCACCACCACGAUGACAUGCCAGACCAGGUUUUUGUGGCAGAGCUACUUUCUGAGCACCCGGACAACACCCUAGAUCACCAGCUUGUGUCAGAAGGCUUGAUGGUGACUGAGGAAGGCUCAGAGACCAUAAUCCACCAACAGCUGCCAACUGAGGUUGUUCCUCUGCAGACAGAUGAGGAUGAUGAUGCAAGGAGCAGUUCUGAGGAUUAUCUCAUGAUCUCUUUGGAUGAAGUGGGCGAAAAGUUGGAUAUAGGAGACACUCCCCUUGAGAUCAGCACAGAAGUAAUGGAAGAUAAGGAAAUCAAAGAGGAGGAUGGGUCUGAGGUCAUCAAAGUCUACAUUUUUAAAGCUGAAGCGGACGACGAUUUAGGUGGAACUGAGGUAAUAACAGAGGAUGAUUACCAGAAUGGUCAUCCUGACCUGGAGGCUGCCUCAUCGGGCAGACUGGGAGUUGGCCGGGACAAGAUGGUCUACAUGGCGGUCAAGCAGCAUGUUAAAGACGAGGACGAGGAUGAUGAAGACGACAGUGAUGAGGAUGAUGAUGACAUCAGUAAUACCAUUGAACAGGUGAAGAAUGGCACAGCCACACCAUUUCUGCAGAUCCGAGAGGGACCAGGUCCCAACCGUACCCUUAAACCUAAAGCUAAGAAAAAGAAGAAAGGAGAUACACGACCGUGUCAGACUGCUGUUAUCAUUGGACCAGAUGGUAUGCCUUUGACAGUCUACCCUUGCCACCUUUGUGGAAAGAAAUUUCGCUCACGAGGCUUCCUAAAAUGUCACAUGAAGAACCAUCCGGACCAUCUGUUAAAGAAGAAGUACCAGUGUACAGACUGUGACUUUACCACCAACAAGAAGGUCAGUUUUCACAACCAUUUGGAGAGCCACAAACUGCUGAGUCACAACAGUGAGCGCUCUCCAGAGUACUCUGAAUACACACGGCGCUACCACGAGUCGAGCCCACUGGGCUCUGACAAGCUCAUUGUCAAGGACCGGGAGCCCAAAUUGCAUCACUGCAAGUACUGCGAUUAUGAGACCGCUGAACAGGGCCUACUUAACCGUCACCUGCUUGCAGUGCACAGUAAGAACUUUGCACAUGUGUGUGUCGAGUGCGCCAAAGGCUUCCGCCAUCCGUCAGAGCUGAAGAAACACAUGCGGACCCACACAGGCGAGAAGCCGUACCACUGCCCGCACUGUGAGUUCCGCUGUGCAGAUCAGUCCAAUCUAAAGACUCACAUCAAGAGUAAGCAUGGUGCAGAUCUGCCUUUCAAGUGCAGCCAUUGUCCCCAAGCCUAUGCUGAUGCUCGGGAACUCCAGCGUCACAUGGAGAUGGUGCAAGGCCACAAGACCCACCAGUGUCCACACUGUGAGCACAAGAGCACCAACUCCAGUGACCUGAAACGACACAUUAUAUCUGUUCACACCAAGGACUUUCCUCAUCAGUGCGACGUUUGUGAGAAAGGCUUUCACAGGCCGUCUGAGUUAAAGAAACACGCAGAGACACACAAGGGCAACAAGGUGCACCAGUGCCGGCAUUGUAACUUCAAUGCCCCCGACACCUUCACCCUGAGCCGCCAUAUUUUGUCCUUGCAUACAAAGGACCUCCCUUUUAAGUGCAAGCGGUGCCGGAGAGGCUUCCGGCAGCCAGCUGAGCUGAAGAAGCACAUGAAGACACACAGUGGUAGAAAGGUUUAUCAGUGCCAGUAUUGUGAGUAUAACAGUACGGACGCUUCUGGUUUCAAACGCCAUGUCAUCUCCAUUCACACCAAGGACUACCCCCACCGCUGCGACUACUGCACCAAGGGCUUUAGGAGGCCUUCAGAGAAGAGCCAGCACAUAGCCAGGCACCACAAAGACAUGUUGAUGUAACGUCAUCACGCACACAAACACACUCCUCUUUCCCAAUUCAAUCUGUGUCACACACCCAGAGGUAAUUUUAGUGUAUUAACAGAGCAAUGAUGGAUAUAGGCUGUUGAUAAAGACAUUAUAAUUGCCGUUUUAUGUUGUGCUGGGUGUAGAUCUCUUCCCCAAGAGGUAAUGAAAGAAGACGUUUUAGAUGGGGUGAAGUCUAAAAAAAACAGUGUAUACUGAGUGGGACAACUGUAAAUUGUGUUUUGUUUUGUUGCAGAAAAUCACAUAUGAACAUAUAUUCAGGGUUUCAAAUGUCUAUAUUUUUAUACCCACUCAGCUGAAAUGCUGCAAGAUGAUGACUUUGUCCCGUAUAACAGAAAGCAAGGCGUUGUGAACAUUAUGCCAGUUCAUCAGCUGAUGUGGAUUGAGUACCUGGGAAAUUUGCAUCCACAGUACCAACUAGUAUCUGUUUUCCUUAAUUUCACAGAUUCAACUAUGACACAUUGUGUUCAGUGCCACCUGGUCUUAAAUGGGCGGAGCCAUUCAUGCGUUCAUGAAUGGUUUUCAGCGAUGUUGAAUCACAUUAUGCACCUUAAAAUGUAAUUUCAUUAACUAGCAGUUGAACUCUGAUCAUUUUGGACUUUCCCCCCAAGACUCAUCACUUGGCGUUCCAUUGAAUUAAUCAUGUAUACUAUAGAAUCUGCUCCGUUAAGUAUGCCUCACAAGAUGAAUCAGAAAUGUUCUAAUCUGAUCAAGGAGAAGGGCUCAGUUGGUAUUUCAGUGGUCUUUCCGUUAAGUGUACACAGCACAUCUCUGACACAAAUGUUAUUGUAUCUGCUAUAAUGGUGCCGAUAAUUUUAGGUGUAUAAUUAUAUGAACUUCACAAAUGGUCGGCUGUAUUAUUUUAGCAGAUAUAAACCCCUAAAAUAGAUAUAUAACCACCACUCAAAGUUUCAUAUAUGUUACUUAUGACACAAAUGUGCUCUCUCAGCUAACCAUUUGAUUGCAAUCAUGCCUUGCAUCUGUUGGUCUUUAUCCCGUAAGCACUGAUGAACACAGCUAAUCAAAACUAGAAGUGAUUUAUUUUUUACUCAAACAUGCUGUACCAAUACCAUUCUCUAAGCAGAGAUUGUGUGUUUUGAGUCAGUAGAAAGCACUUUAAUAAUGUUUUUUGAAUUUU